AUGCCUUUUCCGAAUGGCACUUCAGGGAUCACUGGGGACACUGUAUGCGGAAAGCAUGGAAAGGCCAUAGCUAAAGAGUGUCUGAGCCCUGAUGUUGAUGAUGUUUGCCGUAUUUUGUCCCAUGUGGCAUGGGGACCUGACAUAGAAAAUAUCUUAUCUGCGAAGCGGUAUGAUUUUCAACCGAAGUUUGUCAAUGAUGUCUUGAGGAAUCUAAAGGAUUUGCAUCUGGCAAUCAAUUUUUUUUGGUGGGUAGAGAGGAAAACAGGCAAAGCACACACCCCGGAAGUGUAUAAUUCACUUCUUAAGAUGAUGGCUCAUUGUAAAAACCUGGAGAAUUUGGAAAAUAUUUUAGAGGCAAUGAGCAUUGCUGGAUUUGGGCCACUGAAUGACACCUGCAUAGAGCUGGUUUCCAGCUUUACCAAGGCCGGGAUGGUGAAAGAGGGAGUGGGGGUGAUACAAUCUAUGAAAAAAUUUAAAUUCCGACCAGCAUUUUCAGCAUAUACAACUUUGAUUGGUGCCCUCGCUGAGACGCAGGAAGCUGAUCUAGCUCUUUCCAUGUUUCAUCAAAUGCAAGAAAUCGGAUAUGAGGUAAAUGUGCAAUUAUUUACCACCCUUAUCCGUGUCUUUGCUAGGAAAGGGCAAUUGGAUGCAGCUCUGUCCUUGUUGGAUGAGAUGAAGAGCAAUGCAUUUGAUGCGGAUAUUAUUCUUUAUAAUGUUUGCAUUGACUGUUUUGGCAAGGUGGGUAAGGUGGACAUGGCCUGGAAGUUCUUCCAUGAGAUGAAAGCACAAGGUCUUGUGCCUGAUGAUGUGUCGUACACUAGCAUGAUUAGUGUCCUAUGCAAAUCAAAUAGACUAAAGGAUGCGAUUGACUUGUUUGAGCAAAUGGAGAUUAACAAAAGAGUUCCAUGUGCGUACGCAUACAACACAAUGAUAAUGGGCUAUGGUUCAGCUGGCAGAUUUCACGAUGCCUACAACUUACUCGAGAGACUGAAAGAAAAGGGGUGCAUACCAAGCGUGGUUGCAUACAAUUCGAUCCUCACUUGCCUUGGGAAGAAAGGUAGAGAAGAUGAAGCAAUGCGUAUCUUUGAUGAUAUGAAGAAAGACGCAGAACCUAAUCUUUCCACGUAUAAUAUUCUCAUAGACAUGCUUUGCACAAAAGGAAAUCUAGAGUCCGUGUAUAAACUCUUGGGUACCAUGGAAGAUGCCGAUCUGUUUCCCAAUGUGCUGACAGUGAACAUAAUGAUUGACAGGCUAUGCAAGGCUCGAAAGCUUGAUGAAGCCUGUCGAAUUUUUGAAAACAUGAAGCAAAAGGGAUGUAGCCCCAAUUCUUUUACAUUUUGUUCUCUCAUAGAUGGCUUGGGUAAGAACGACCGGGUUGAUGAAGCAUAUGGCUUGUUUGAGAAGAUGUUGGAUUCAGGUAAUGCACCAAACGUGGUUGUUUAUACAUCCCUUAUUAGAAAUUUUUUUAGAUGCGGCAGGAAGGAAGAUGGUCAUAAGAUAUUCAAAGAAAUGGAUCGUAGGGGAUGCCAUCCCGAUCUCACUCUGCUCAAUACUUAUAUGGAUUGUGCGUUAAAGGCUGGGGAGAUUGAAAGGGGUCGUCGACUGUUUGAGGAUAUCAAGGUCCGUGGGUUCAUGCCAGAUGUAAGAAGUUAUUCUAUUUUGAUUCAUGGUCUAACAAAAGCUGGGCUUGCACGAGAAACUUAUGGAUUAUUUUAUGCCAUGAAGGAACAAGGAUGUGUACUUGACACUCUAGCCUACAAUACAGUUAUUGAUGGCUUCUGCAAGUCAGGUAAAGUGAACAAGGCGUAUCAGCUUCUGGAGGAAAUGAAGGUGCAAGGACACAGUCCAACUGUGGUUACCUAUGGAUGUGUGAUUGAUGGACUUGCUAAAAUUGAUCGUCUAGAUGAAGCGUACAUGUUAUUUGAAGAAGCUAAGUCAAAGGGGAUUGAACUGAAUGUUGUUGUAUAUAGCAGCCUUAUAGAUGGAUUUGGGAAAGUAGGGAGGAUAGACGAAGCAUAUCUUAUUAUGGAAGAGAUGAUGCAGAAGGGUCUGACGCCUAACAUAUACACAUGGAACUGCCUGAUUGACGCUCUAGUAAAGGCAAAGGAAAUCAGUGAAGCUCUUGUUUGCUUCCGGUCGAUGAAAGAUAUGAAGUGCCCUCCUAACGUUUAUACAUACAGUAUUUUAAUCAAUGGUCUCUGUCAAGUGCAGAAGUACAACAAGGCGUUUGUAUUUUGGCAAGAAAUGCAGAAGCAGGGUCUAAACCCUAGCGUGGUCUCAUAUACGACGAUGAUAGCAGGGCUUGCAAAGGUUGGGAACAUAACAGAGGCUAAUGGGCUUUUUGAAAAGUUCAAGGUAUCCGGUGGUGUUCCAGAUGCUGUGUGUUAUAACACUCUUAUAGAGGGCCUAAGCAACGCAAAUAGAGCAAUAGAUGGAUAUAGGAUUUUUGAGGAAGCUCGUUUAAGAGGAUGCCAGAUCACUGCAAAAGCUUGUGUUGUUCUCCUUGACUGCUUGCAUAAGGCUGAGUGUCUUGAGCAAGCUGGAAUCGUUGGUGCUGUCUUGAGGGAGAUGGCAAAGUCCCAGCAUGCUGCUAGGUCCCUCUAA